AUGGAGGCAAGAACCGGGGAGGGGUCUCCACCAGCCACGCUGGAGACGCUCCCCUGGCAGGUCAGCAUCGAGACCAAGGACAAGCCUGUCUGUGGGGGGGCCAUUCUGAGCAGCUGGUGGAUCUUGUCUGCAGCCCACUGCUUCAUGGGGGACACUUUUUCAGAUCUCCAGAUAGUGGUCGGCUCCAAGAAGGAUGCCCCGGAGACCAGGAAGCUGGACCGGGUGGUCAUCCACCAAGACUUCAAUGGCGUGAGCCUGGUCAAUGACGUUGCUCUGAUCUUGCUGGACUCGCCCGUGGGCUUUGGCGAUGCGAAGGCGCCCAUCUGCCUGCCCUUGCUGCACGACCUCGGCAUGUGGCGGGACUGUUGGGUCGCCGCACGGGGCCCCUCUGUGCCUGCAGGUGGCAAUGCGAAGUCCGCCCACGUGCUGCAGAAAGUGCAGAUGAGCUUGAUCGGCAGGGAAGCGUGUUCCAAGCAGGUCCCGGGACUGGCGGGGGACGUGUUCUGUGCGGUGUCCGAGGAAGGUGGAAAGGAGGCCUGCAAGGACAGUGCUGGAAACCCGCUGGUUUGCACCUACGGAAGCCACUCGAAGUGGUUCGUGGUUGGCGUGGCCAGCCGUGGCGGGAGCUGCAGUGGGGAGGAAAGCCCGGCCAUCUACACAAUUGUCUUCAGCUACCUCGACUGGAUCCAGCGGGCGAGCGCCAGCGAGGGCAAGCCGUUCAUCCCCGAAGGUGUGGACGACUUCGCGGAGCUCAUAGGAGACCCGGCUAGGGAGCUCGAGGCGGCAUCUGGCGCUUGCCCCCUUCCCGCAGCCCCUGCGCUCGCUCUGGUUUGGGUGCCGCUACUGCUCCAUUUCUAG